AUGUCGCCCACCGCAUUGCCGUCGCAGCCUAGCUACAAGAUCGCCUCGAUCCCCGCCGACGGCAUCGGCCCGGAGGUCGUCGAUGCCGGCAUCGAGGUUCUCAACGCCUUGGCUAACACGCUGGGCACCUUCAAGCUCGACUUCACCCACUUCGACUGGAGCUCCGAGACGUACAAGAAGACCGGAAAGUACAUUCCUGACGGCGGCCUCGACGAGUUGAAAAAGCAUGACGCCAUCCUGUUCGGCGCCGUCGGUGCACCAGACGUCCCUGACCACAUCUCUCUCUGGGGCCUGCGCCUCGCCAUCUGCCAACCCUUCCAGCAAUACGCCAACGUGCGGCCGACCAAGGUGUUCCGGGGCACGCAAUCGCCGCUGCGGCGGUGCGAGGUGGGCGAUCUGGACUGGGUCAUCAUCCGCGAGAACAGCGAGGGCGAGUACGCAGGCCAGGGCGGACGCUCGCACCGCGGCAAGCCGUGGGAGAUUGCCACCGAGACGUCCAUCUUCACCCGCCACGGCGUCGAGCGCCUGAUCCGCUUCGCCUUCCAGACGGCCCAGAGCCGCCCGCGCAAGCUGCUGACCGUGGUCACCAAGAGCAACGCCCAGCGCCACGGCAUGGUGCUCUGGGACGAGGUCGCCAAGGACGUAGCCAAGGACUUCCCCGAUGUCACCGUCGACAAGAUGCUCGUCGAUGCCAUGACGGCGCGCAUGGUCAUGAAGCCUGAGACCAUCGACACCGUCGUCGCAACGAACCUCCACGCCGACAUCCUCAGCGACCUGGCCGCCGCGCUCGCCGGCUCCAUCGGCAUCGCGCCUACCUCCAACCUCGAUCCCACCCGCGAGAACCCAUCCAUGUUCGAGCCCAUCCAUGGCUCGGCCUUCGACAUCACCGGCAAGGGCAUCGCCAACCCCGUCGGCACCUUCUGGACCGCCGCCGAGAUGCUGGCUUGGCUCGGCGAGAAGGACGCGAGCAAGGCCUUGCUCGACGCCGUCGAGAACGUUUGCGAGGCCGGUGUCGUCACCGCCGAUCUGGGCGGCAAGGCGACAACGAAGGAGGUCACUGCGGCAGUCGUGGCUGAGAUUCAGAAGCUGGGUGCGGGGAAGAAAUAA